AUGAAAAUGCCUUGAAACACUGUCUCUCUAAUCUCCAAAUGCACCGUCUUCCCAGACCAGAAAUCCACAACGGAACCCUUAAAACUCUCCGUCUCCGACCUCCCCAUGCUCUCCUGCCACUACAUCCAAAAGGGCUGCCUCUUCACCCGCCCGCUUGACCACCUCCCCACCGACUCCCUCCUCUCUCUCCUCAAAACCGGCCUCUCCCGCACCCUCUCUCUCUUCCCCCCUCUCGCCGGACGUCUCACCACCGACUCCGCCGGCUACGUCUACGUCACCUCCAACGACGCCGGCGCCGACUUCCUCCACGCCAAUGCCACCCACAUUCACGUUCGCGACGUCCUCUCCCCGGCCCACGUCCCCGAUUCCGUCAAGGACUUCUUCGCGUUCAACGGAGCCGUCAGUUACGACGGCCACUUCAGGCCGGUCCUGGCCGUCCAGGUGACGGAGCUCGCCGACGGCGUCUUCGUUGGCUGCUCAGUCAACCACGCCAUCACCGACGGCACGUCGUUCUGGAACUUCUUCAACGCGUUCGCCGAGUCGUGUCGGGGAGGAGUCAGGAGGGUUUCCCCGCGGCCGGACUUCCGCCGGGAUUCCGUCUUGAUUUCUCAGGCGGUGCUCCGGUUCCCCGACGGCUCGCCGAGAGUCACGUUCGCUCUCGACGCUCCGUUGCGGGAGAGGAUUUUUAGCUUCAGCCGAGAAUCGAUCCAGAAGCUGAAAUCCAGAGUGAACAUUAAGUCAAUCGAUUCGUCAAUUGAAAACGAAUCCAUUGACUUAAUCGAGUUAAUGGGGAAAAGAAGCAACGACUCGUUGAAGGGCAAUUUCGGAAUCCUAACCAAGACGACGGAGAUUUCGUCGUUCCAGUCGCUCUGCGCGCUGCUCUGGCGAGCGGUGACGAGAGCGAGGAAGUUCCCGGCGCACAAGACGACGACGUUCCGGAUGGCGGUGAACUGCCGCCACCGGUUGGAGCCGGAGCUGGACCCGUACUACUUCGGGAACGCGAUACAGAGCGUCCCGACCUACGCCGCCGCGGGGGAGGUGACGUGUCGGGACCUGCGGUGGUGCGCGGAGCAGCUGAACAAGAACGUGGUGGCCCACGAUGAUAAAACGGUGCGGCGGGUCGUGGAGGAUUGGGAGCGGGACCCGCGGUGCUUCCCGCUGGGUAAUUUCGACGGGGCGAUGAUUACGAUGGGUAGUUCGCCCCGGUUCCCGAUGUACGAUAAUAAUUUCGGGUGGGGGAGGCCAGUGGCGGUUCGGAGCGGGCAGGCGAAUAAGUUCGACGGGAAGAUAUCGGCUUUUCCGGGUCGGGAGGGGGGAGGGAGUGUGGAUCUGGAGGUGGUUUUGGCGCCCGAGACAAUGGUGGGUUUGGAGUUGGAUUCGGAGUUCAUGCAGUAUGUUUCGGGUUUUGUAAGGUGAACUCGUGUUGGGUUGUUAGUGAGGGUUAGUGGAGAUUUGGGCGGGUACGGGUUUGGAAUAUGUGGGUUUGAUCUUUGGAGGAGGAUGAGCAAAGACUUUGUCUAGUUGUGUUGCAUUUGUUGUCGUUUCGUAUAAUUUGUUAGUUGAAAAUCAUGAAUGGAAGGAAAACUUAGACCAUGUUUUUUUCCACUAAAAA